GCUCCGCGCCCGCAGCCGCAGCGGCCGGCCGGCCGGCAUGGCCCCGCGCGGGGGGUAGCGCCGGCCGGGAGCGAGCCCCGCUCCAUCUGGCAAGGCCCAGGCUUGGCCGCGGCCCCGAGCUCUGCAGUUGCUGCUCGACGCCUGCCAGCGCCUCGGGUUACCGAGCCGGAGCCAGGACUCGCCUCCCGCACAAUGGGGCCGAGGGGGCCGGCGGGGGAGGAGGAGCAGGAGUAGCGGGUUUUUCUUGGAGCGCCUUUCCCAGGCUCCAGCGGCAGCCGGGCGAGGACGGCCGUGCCCUGCCUGCCCGCAGCCGUGGGCCAGCCCCGGGCUGCCAUGGGGAGCCGCAGCGUGGGCUGCACCCCCAGGCGAUGAAGAUGCGCUGUCCCGCCCCGUGCCUCGGCCGGCUGAUGGUGCUCCUGGCUGCAGCGCUGGCGUCAGCCCCGCUCCCCGCGGCGGGAGACUGGGGGGACGACGGAGUGGAGUACGGCCAGCUGGGCACCGACGUCGUCCUGCCGUGCGCCGGCGGCCAGCCCGGCACAGGGGUGCAGUGGCGGCGGGAGGGGGCCACGCUGCCCGCGGGCUCCAUCGUGCAGCUUGGAGCCCUUGUGCUGCCCCACGCCGACACCGCCGCCGCCGGCACCUACAGCUGCCACGGCCCCGACGGCCGGCUCCUGCGCUCCCUCGCCCUGCGCCUGGGCUACCCGCCGGGGGUCCCGUCCGUGUGGUGCCGUGCCUCGGACUACGAGAACUUCUCCUGCUCCUGGGCCGCAGCCCGCGACACCUUCCUGCCCACACACUACAUCACCACCUACCGGAAGAAGUCGCUGACCGGGGAAGAGAAGCGAAGGGUGCAGGGAGGGCCGGUGGGGCUGUGCCUGCAGGACCCCGCGCACCCGGGCACGUGCACGGUGCCCAAGUCGGAGUUCUGGAGCUCAUAUCGGCUCAACGUGACCGAGGUGAACCCGCUGGGCGCCAGCUUCCGCCUCCUGGACGUCACCAUGCAGGCCAUCCUGAAGCCGGACCCCCCGGAGGGGCUGGUGGUAGAGCCGGUGCCACGAGCCCCCCGGCGGCUGCACGUGCGCUGGCAGUACCCCGCCUCCUGGCCCAAGGAGCCCCACUUCCAGCUCAAGUUCCGGCUCCAGUACCGGCCCGUCAUGCACCGCGCCUGGUCCGUGGUGGAGACGGCGAACCUGUCCGAGGUGAUCACCGACGCCUUCUCCGGGCUGGAGCAUGUGGUGCAGGUGGGCGCCAAGGACUUCCUGGACGCCGGGAACUGGAGCGAGUGGAGCGCCGAAGCCCGCGCCACACCGGUCACUGUGCCUCCAGACCCAGCCGUCACGGCCAGCGCAGAAACCACUACCGAAACCGGCCUGGAGCGCCUGGCCCACGAGCCCUCGCCUGCCCCCAACCCCGAGCCCAUUGACCGCAGCGACCCCACGGAGAGGAUCGCCGUCCUGGUCUCGCUCGGGGUCUUCGCCUUCGUGGUCCUGGCCACCGUCCUGUUCGUCGCCCUCCUGGUCUGGCGCCGGGCAAGGAGUCAGGGCAAAGAGACACCCGAGAAACACGACUUCCUGGCAGCCGCCGUCCACCUCAAGACCCUGCCGAAAGCCCAGAUCUUGUAGCCAGGACCCCGUGGCUCCGGCGGGGGAGCCCCGUCCCCCCCGCAUCACCCUCCAAGGACACAACACUACUGUGGGCUCGAGAGCGGUGCCCCGCGCCUGGACUGCGGGACUUGCCCUGCCUGCCGCCUGCACCGUUGCCCUGCGCCGGCAAGGAGCCGGCUGCGGCCCCCAGGCAAGGUGGGGCACGGACCCCGGCGGGCACCAGCGUCGGGGGCGUUGGAAGGACCUGCCUGCACCUGGCGGGCGCAGGAAGAAGCCCUGGAGAUCGGCGCCCACGAACACUGCCCCGGCCUCAGACUCCAGCCCCAGACUGAGGGUGCUGGCUGGCGGCACGGGGCCAGGACAGGGCACGGGGCAUGGCCGGUGCCCCCUGGGCAGAGCCUGCAGAGGGGCCCAAGGGCUGCCCAGGAUCUGGCCCCUAUUCCUGCUGCUUGGCGCUGGCUUGGGGGCCCUUUGGGUACCAGGGCUGGGGUCUGGCAUGGGUGGCCAGCUGAGAGUGCGCUGCUGAACCCCCACACGUGUCCCAGAGCGUGUCUUCACACAUACGCACACCAAGGCUGCAUAGGGAGGCCGUGAGCUGGGCUGGAGGAGCCCUGGUAGCAGGGUCUGACCCCAGGGCCAGACCCCCAACCCUCGGAGUCUGAGAAUAGGAGGUCUCUGCUUGCACCUCCCUGCCUCUGGCCAGGCAUUGCUGGGUGGACCCCCGGCCCAGCGCACCCCCCCGGUAAUCGUUUCCAUGUGUUGGCACCGGACAGGCGCUGCAGCGAGGGCUGGGUGGGAGCGCGGAGCUGAGCUGCUGGAGCUGGGGGCCGGCAUGGCGCACAGGGGAGGGAGGCCAGGCACUUGCAGUGGGGUCUGUCCUGCAACUGCAAGGACCCAGCUGGCCAGCCCCGUCCCCCCAGCCCUUGUCCCUCCACGGACCCCAGGAGUUACCCUGACAUGGGCAGGAGCAGCUCCCCCAGCACCUACCCUGCUCCCCGCUUCCAGGUGCCUCCUCCCAGUGUGGGGCUGGCAGCCGCCCUGAGCCCUACCUGGGGUUUUCCUCCAGCCCAGGGGUGCCACGGGGGACCCUGGCACCUGGGGGUGUUGCACAUGUGUGUGAACGUGCCUGGCCCCUCAGCCAGCCCAUGCCCUGGCCUCUCUCCCUCUCUCCAUCCCCCCCCAUCAGGACUCGGUGCUGUGAAGACUCCUCCUCCCUGAUGCUCCAUGCCCAGCGACCGAUUCCCGGGCAGGGGUGACUCUUGCCCCGUUCCUGCGUCCCCUGGGGUCGGCCGCCCCGUGCCCGUGCCCGGGCCGUGAGAGCGGGCAGAGCUGGGGCUGUGCAAGGCCCAGUGGGAAUAAAGUGAGGAACGGGCCCCUGCAA